UCGAGUACAUCCAAGAUGAAGAACGUUGUUAUCUGUUCCAUCUUCAUUUGUGUAGUUGUAGUUUGGGCUGAAGAGAAAUAUACUACAAAGUUCGGAAAUAUCGAUUUGGACGAGCUUCUGAAGAAUGACCGUUUGUUGAACGCUUACUACAAAUGCUUACUGGACGGAACUGGUUGUACUCCUGAGGGAGAGGAAUUAGGGAAAAUCCUACCGGAUGCUAUUCAAACUGGAUGCAUAAAAUGCACUGAUGAACAGAAAGCUGGAGCUAAGAAAGUGGCAUCUUAUCUGAUAAAGGAAAAAGCACAAUGGUGGGAAGCAUUGCUCGCCAAGUACGAUCCUGAUAACACUUACAGAGUGAAAUUCAAGGACCAACUCAAAGCUGAAGGAUUCGACUUGUCAAUUCUCAAUAACCAAAAGAAGAAGACGCCAAACAUGAGAUCUUUGUUCAUAGUUUGUUUUUUUCUUGUGGCCAGUUCCGCAGAGGAAACCUACGACACUUCGAGAUUCAAGAAUAUCGAUGUGGACGAGAUUUUGAGCAAUCGAAGGUUGGUGAACAACUAUUUUAAAUGUUUGAUGGGUAAUGGGAACUGCACACCAGAAGGAGAAGAACUGAAAAAAAUUCUACCUGAAGCCAUCAGGACUGCAUGCGUCAAAUGUACCGAAGAACAAAUCAAAAUUGCACGGAAAGUGAGUGACAAACUACGAAGUGAUUACAAGGAUAUUUGGAAGCAACUUUCUGAUAAGUAUGAUCCCGAUGGAAUCUACAGAAAGAAAUAUAGAAAUGAGUUGAGAAGGGCAGGAUUUCUGGAGGAUGCAUGAAUUACAUGAAAAAUGUUGGGGAAAAAAAUCGAUUAAAUUGUACCUCCCCUGUAGAUUGAAUAAAAUGAACCUUCGAAAA